AUGGCAGAUUUCCCAACUUUUGCUUAUCAUGUUAAACCACUUUUUGAUGACUUUAUCAAAAACGUUACGAACUUUAACGAAUUGGAUUCAGCAUAUAAGACUAAAGGCUUGGUUUGGUCGGUAAAAGAAUUUUAUCUAUACUCUGACCCACUUGUGUCAGCUAUCGCUUUAUGUCUUGCUUUUGCUUUCUGGACCUGGGUAUUAAGUAUUUUUACUAGGAACUUUUCUCAGGUUGAUAGACUUUGGAGUAUACUCCCUGUAUUUUUUACGUGGCAUUUUAUUCUUCACGGAUAUCUGAAUGCACGUGGUAUCAUACUUGGUUCGCUUACUACAAUUUGGGGAGCGCGUUUGACGUAUAAUUACGCACGGAAAGGUGGUUAUAAAUGGGAAAGUGAAGAUUAUAGAUGGGCAUACUUAAAACAACAUAUUCAUUGGAGCAUAUUCGAAAUCACAAAUAUUAUAUUUACAUCAUUAUUUCAAUGUUUUCUUUUAUUGGCCAUGACAUUACCAUCUUAUGUUGUUUGGUACAAUGCCUCCACAUCACCGUUGAAUUUAUGGGAUUUAUUUGCUAGUAUAAUGUUUGUUGGAUUUUUUACGGGAGAAUUGAUUGCCGAUGAUCAACAAUGGAAAUUUCAAAGUGAAAAGCGUAAGUUAAUUGCCAAUGCCAAUAAAAAUUUAUUAAAGGAAACAACAAUUUUCGAAGGAGAUUACUCUUUGGGAUUUCUAAUUCAUGGCUUAUUCCGUUAUUCAAGACACCCAAAUUAUUUUUGUGAGAUGGGAGUUUGGUGGAGUUAUUACUUAUUUUCCGUCGCUGCGGUACCCUCAUCUUCCAAAUUACAAUGGAUAUUGAAUUGGACAAUCGUUGGAACCUUGAGUUUGACCAUAUUAUUUCAAAUUACCACUCAUUUAACUGAAAUUAUUACUAAGAAUAAAUAUCCAAUGUAUGAAUCAUAUCGAAAAAACACAAGUCGAUUAAUCCCUUGGUUUCCCGGUAAAGAUAUUACUAAAAAAAACAAGUAA